AUGAGUAACUACAGAGAAAUGUUGGAAGAUUAUCGUGAUCUGGAUAUUGAUGAACUUAUGAAAGGGAUGACAGAAGAAGAGCUAAAAGCGCUGGAUGAAGAGCUAGAAAGAGAUGUUAUUCAACCAAAUCCGAGUUAUUCUUUGAGAGCUCCGACUCCUCCACCACCGAUUUCAGAUGAUGAUUCUAGCGAUGAAGACGUUCGCCCCGAUCCCCCAAAACAGCAAAUGGUUGGCAUUCCCGCCCCUCUUUACCGAAAACUCAUCGAAGAAGGAAAAGGCGAGUGGAUCGAGCACCCCGCUUUUGGCCGCGUUUUUCAACCAGACUUGAGCUGCGUCCCUGCAGAACUCCUACGUCCUGCUCCAGUUGAUCAAGUCAAAAGAAUUGAAAAAGACGUGAAGCAAGAUCCAGACUGGAUGGCAAAGCAGUUGAGAUCUGUUCAAAUCGACACGCAACGAAUGAAUAAUCCGGAAGACAUGAAUCAACAACGUUUGCAAGACCAGAUUGGGCGUCUAAAUUCGAUUCCGAAGCGCAAAGAAGAAUAUUCUCGCCAAUUUACGAACAAAACUGACCGCCAGCUGAAUCAGGUGAAAUCCGCGUUGCAACAAGUUGACCAUGACGAAAUCCAACGAUUCAAAGAAGAGUACCACGAAGAGGACGCUUCUGAUGAAGAACUCGUCAAUCCAAAUUCUCCUGAAGAAAUCCUCAGCCGUUGCUGGGAAAAUGAGAAUGAUCUGACGUCCAUCAAUUUAAACAACAUCCUUAACAUCCCCCACGAACUCCUUGAAGAAUUGAUGGAAGCGCUAGAAGAAAACGUCUAUGUCCGAGAACUUUCCCUCGUCAAUACUGGUCUGACAGACAAAGUAGCCUACGCCCUGGCCAAGAUGCUGAAAAGAAAUAGAACACUGGAAAAAGUAUCGGUCGAAUCAAACUUUAUCACUGGUGAUGGAGCGGCGAAAAUUGUCAAAGCGCUGCAAAAGAAUACAGUUUUAUCUGAGCUGAGGAUUGAUAACCAGCGGCAUAUAUUUGGUCAAAACGUCGAGCAAGAAUUUGUCAAGUAUCUCCGUCACAAUGAAACACUCUGCCGCUUCGGGUACCAGUUUGGCAAUGCGGGCCAUCGAAUGACUUGCAACAACUUCUUGACCAGAAACACUGACAAGAAAAGGCGAGAAAGAAUGGCGCUCAAAAAAGCUCUCGGAGGAAGUGCAAGACAGCCAAAGAAGCAAAUCAAAGUUGUUUCAACUGCGAAAAAGAGAAAAGGAUCCCUGCGGGAAAUGCAACAAGCUCCUGCCGGACAAAUUCCUCUUCCGCGCCGAGUGACGGAGCGAGAAAACGACUUGGGAGACAGCGACAUCACAAGCAUGCUUGAAAAACUAGAUCCAGCGGAAAUGGCUCGAUUGGAAGAAUAUUUCAAAGCAAAGGGAGGUGGCGGAGGAGCACCAUCUUCAUCUGCCCGUGCUCCUCCUCCUCCACCAGCUCCAGCUGCCCCGACAAUGCGACCGCCAAGCGCGUCAGCUCAUUCGAAAUCCGCGAGAAAGAAUCUCCUAAACGAACUCGCCGGAGAAAAAUCGCUGCGAAAAGUCGUCGCUCCACAACAAAAACUGAUUUUGCCAGAAGCAAUUGGGCCUUUCAUUUGGCAAGGAAAGAAAGUUCAUCCAGUUGCGCGUUACGAGGAGUGGGGAGGGAACAGCAGUGCUGCAAUGGAGUUGAUAUUGAAUGCUUUGGAUGCAACCCAAUUUUACUUGGUUUUGGAAUCCCUUGUGAACAACAAACAGCAUCAGCAGGAGAUGAUUUAA